AUGUCUAUGUCGGGGGAGCAGCGAAGUCGACAAGCCUGUGAACCGUGCAGACGUAAAAAGUCCAAAUGCACGGCCGAGAGACCAGUGUGCUCAUUUUGCCAACGUCUAAAUCUGCAAUGUGUCUAUCUCCCACGAGAACAGGCCAAAUCGGACGGACAUGGGAACAGGGUGGCCAAGACAAGGUCUUCGAAAGACCGAUUUCAAGCCCUUGAGUCGGAGGUCAAUAACAUCUACAACAUCUUGAUCUCUCUCUCGAACCCCAACGAUGCAGCGACGCCUGGAGCUUCGACAGCGCGGGUCAGGGAGUCACGGGAAGACCCUUCUACCGAGAUUCCAAACAUACUCCCACGUAUAGGGGGAUCAGGUACUGGUUCAUGCUUUGCACCAUCACAUCUCGAACCUCCAGAGGAAGCUUUGGAUCAUCUCGUGGAAGUAUAUCGCACCAGGAUACAUUUCCAACCAUUGCCAUUACUUAAACUGGAAGGCCUACGAGAUCGCUUGGUGAUAUCCUCCCGAUUUCUUCUUUACAGCUUCCUAGCUCUCUCUUUGAAUUUCGGCAGCCAUGAAUUUUAUAAAGGCAGGGAACAAGAGGCUGUCCAGUUCUAUACUCGCUCCGCACAAGAGGCAACCAUGAAGUUGGCUGUGGAAGGCAUCCCCAAAAUAGAGGUUAUCGAGUCGCUAUGUCUACUGGCUGUGAAGGACUUGAUUGGCCAAAAGCCAGCUCGUGCGUGGAUGACAAUUGGGACUGCCUCUCGCCUAGAUACUUUGCGAAGAUUAACACGCCAUGAUACUUCUGAAGCGCAAACCGAGGAUAGGAGCGCUAGGUGUCAUUGGUCCGUGUUCAUACUCGAAAAGGCCUUCUCCCCCCACGUAUUAGAUCUUUCAUCAUCUCAAGAUACGCCUGAUUAUCCCCUCAGUGCUCCCUUGCCAGCUUCACCGCCAGGCUACCGGGAUGAAAAUUGUCCCCCUGAUCUACAUGUCUCAGAAGAGGUUAAUAAGGACCUCGGUAUCAAUGCAUACCACAUAGACAUGGUCUCAGUGUGGGGCGACCUUACGCGAUACUUACAUGGCAUUCGAUCUGGUAAUGUCGAAACGCCUUGGUUACCCGAUUCAACCCAUGCAAAGCUCAGUGUGAGGUUGUAUGAGUGCGAAGCUAGGGUGCCGCAAAGACACCUCCUGAGAAAUGUCUGUUUCUCCAAGCGAUCGAUGGCUGAAAUUAUGCAGCAAAAAGAAUACUGGAGCCCUUGGCUGGCUAUGCAGAUGCUCUCCCAUGCAUCACCGGCUAUCCUAAACCAUCCCUUUAUUCAUUUGGUCGCUAUGCGCGGUAAUCGGGGUGUGCCUCAAUCACGUCUGUUUCUCCAGCAGACCGUGGACCUGGCGUUGUUUCAUUCCGGUUGGGUGUUCCAGUUUAUUCAAUUUUGCGAGAACCUUCAAUAUGAGAUCAACGAUCCAUUGAUUGGACAUGCAGUUGCCGCGACAGCUACUAUACCAUGGCUUUUCCAGUUUGCAAGAGACCCCAAGGUCUCAAAGAAAGCAUAUGACGACCUUGGCAGGUGUGAGAGAUUCUUGAGCCAUAUUUCCUCAACCUGGCCACAUAUAACUCGAAAGCUAGAGAUCCUCCAGCACCUCCAGUACGUUGCGAAGGAAAAACUCCAGGAAGUAUCGGGUAGUAGUACAAUGAUAUCCUUCCAACCUCAGAUGCUCUGGGAGCUCCUCGAUCCCAAGGUCUGCCAGAUGCCACAAGAUGGCCCUACGCAAGGCGGUGUCUCGCAGGUUUCGGAUGUACCAGACACUCGGAUGCGAGUUACCACUCAGUUCGUUCACCCACUAUUAGAUGAGCAAGCUGAGCAGCCAAAUCCUCCCAACCCUGCUGGCAACGCUAUGUACUCAUUUCCACCAAGUCCAGAGGAUCUUGAACAGGUCUGCCUGGACGAAAUAUUCGCCCACUUUCCACGCGAGGAGUUCUAUUGGCUACAGGGAUAG